AUGACUAACGUUAAAGAAAACGUAUCAAUAACUUUUCGUGUUUUUGAAACCGUAUUUGCAAUUAUUUUAAUUGGGUUAUCUGCUUCGAACAUUGAACGUAUUGAUGAUAAUGUUACAAGAAUUACUUAUACACUAGUUGUUAAUGUUCUUGACAUAUUAUUUUUUGGUUAUUAUGGGUUUUUUAUGCCAGUUGCAAUGAAUGGUGAAUCACCAACAAUUGUUAUUUUAUUAGCUGAGCUUGCUUUUUUCACCAUGUAUUUAGCUUCUUGGGGUUCUUAUGCAGCAAAUUUUCCAACUUGUGGUGAUGGUAAUGUUAAUUGGGGAACAACUUCAAAAUCAACUUGUCAAAUUUAUCAAGCAACAAUGGCUUUUUCAAUUUUUGAAUGGGUUUUAUAUGCAAUAGAUUUACCAUUAUUUUUAAUUUAUAGUUAUGCACCAGAAGUUGCAAGAUAUGGUAUUUUUCAUUGUUUUAGAUUAAGUCCUUUCUUUUGGGGUGCAGUUUUUACAAAUUAUCCACCAACUACAAGACGUCGUUGUUUAGGUUUAUUCUGGAGAAAAAGUGAUAGUGCAAUUAGUUCAAAACAAAAUACUAAUACUGGUAAUACUUCAAGACCAGCUGGUCCUCAUAAUGCUGUUGAAACAGAUAAUGCUGGAGUUUUAAAUGUUGAAGAUGAUGUAAAUGAUGCUGGUGUUGUAAAUUCAUCUGAAACACCCAAAACUCAACAAGAAUCUACUGUUGCUGUAUGA